GUUUUUUUAUAUAGUUUUGUUAUUUUCUCCUCCUUCUCUGGUUUUGAGCAACAAUGGCCUGUCUUCACCUCAGUAUUUGCUCUUUCAGACACAGACCAAUUCAAUGCAGUAACGAACGGCAGGCUUUGUUUAACCGGAUUGCUCCUGUUUAUGAUAAUUUGAAUGAUGUGUUGAGUUUGGGCCAACAUCGGAUUUGGAAACGUAUGGCUGUGUCUUGGACUGGUGCUAAAAUGGGAGAUAAUGUGUUGGACUUGUGCUGUGGAAGUGGGGAUAUUGCAUUUCUCUUGUCUGAGAAAGUUGGCUCCAAUGGCAAGGUGACUGGUCUUGAUUUCUCUAAGGAGCAGCUGUUAAUUGCUUCAUCUCGGCAAAAGUUGCGUGCAAGGGACUGCUACAAAAACAUAGAUUGGGUUGAGGGUGAUGCAACCAACUUGCCAUUUUCUGAAUAUCAAUUUGACGCGGUUACAAUGGGUUAUGGACUACGGAAUGUGAUAGAUAAAUACCGGGCCAUGCUGGAGAUGUAUCGAGUCCUCAAACCAGGUGCAAAAGUAUCUGUCCUUGAUUUCAAUAAGAGCACGCAGCCAUUUGUUGCUUCAUUUCAGGAAUGGAUGAUCGACAAUGUUGUUGUUCCUGUGGCAUCUGGUUAUGGCCUUGCAGAGGACUAUGAGUACUUGAAGAGCUCAAUCAAGGAAUUUUUAACAGGGAAAGAGUUGGAGGAACUUGCUUUGGAAGCAGGAUUUUCUACUGCCAGACAUUACGUGAUCGGCGGAGGCUUAAUGGGGAAUCUUGUCGCCACUCGUUAGAUGACCGAAGCCUAUCAUUCUUCUGGGUUUCAUUUUCUAUAUUAACGGUGACCUAAAAGCUUUCUAAUUUGUUUUCAAGUUUUUCUUUGAAGUUACAUCCACAUUUAUUGUGAGAUAAUGAGAAAAUAUAAUAUCGCAGUUUAUCUGAGUCUCAGACAAGCUGAGAUUCAUUAUUAUAAUCUCAAAAUUUUCCAUUGAUUGAUCAA